AUGUCCGGCUACCAGCCGACUUACGUCCCUGGUGACAGAUCGCCUGCGGGAGGCCAGAACCCAGAGUCCCCCUGGUCAACGGCGCAAACUAUCGACCUGAAGACUAACGUCAACCGCCAAAAGACCAAACGAUGGGUGAACGCAAAGCAAUACUCAUACGCCGGAGACGAGUGGGGCGAGAGCGAGGACGAGGACGAGGAAGAUCAGCCAGGUAGCUCUGCUGCUGCUGACGCUGCUCCUGCUCCUGCCCCUGCUUCUGCUGUGCCGACGGGAAACGCUCAGGCACAGGGCUUCGUCAGGCCGGCGGAUAUAUACAAACGUCUGGCUGAAGAGCAGCGAGACACUCGGUCAGGGAAACUCUGCGGGGAGCCGGUGGUACGCCGUCAGCUUCAACCUCUACUGCCCCAAGACACGGCAAUACCAGUCCAUGAAACGCCUGCUCCAGCUGGCCCCGAGAGCAGGACGGGCUCGAUACCGCUACCAAAUGACACCUCAGAGCCUCGCAUAGGCCAGCUACCCGAGUUACGGCGGCUUUCCGGGUUCGGAGGGUUCAUGGACAGCGGCGACAAGCCAGAAACUACGACAACAACUACAGAUGUGCAGGCCGGAGAGCCCGUAGACAAGGUCCCUACUAUCAGAGAAGAACACGUAGGAGGCCAUGAGCCUUCCUCAGCUUCCACUCAUGCGGCCACUCCGGUCCUCUCCAUUUCAUCGUCAGCACCUACAGAGCCAACGAAGUCUACAUCCGCUGAAGCUGAACAUGGCCGAGAUGGUCGCUCACCGUCUUCUGCACUUGGUAGCCUAGACACUACGGGCGCCGGCCUUGGUGACACCGAACGUCACACUCCGUCUCUCCGAGAACGUAGCACUGUCUCGGAGGACGGCUCAGAGCCACAUGUCGCUGCUCUGGAUGUCUCCCCACUUAGCAUGAGCAAACGAAGCUCGAUAGACCCGAGCACACUUCCAAGCACUGUUGCAGAGACCACAGAGGUACAGACCGGACCUCCAGUCUCAGGAUAUGAGAGCUCUUCAUUUGAGAAAUCCGAGCAGAAAGCAGACACUUCUUCCACCGCUUCAGGCGAGGAGGCAAAGCAGUAUUCAUAUAGACAGCUCCAGGAUAACAACCAGCCCCCUCAUAUUAUCUCCCAUCCACAGACCACCAUCACUAUUCCUCCUUAUGAGCAACAACAGCAACAGCAACCUCAGAGACAGCUGAAGAAGAAGUUCUCUUGGGAGGUCGACUCUGAGGAGAGCGAUAGGGAGCAGGCUCUAUCCCCGCUUUCCCCCGUUUCAGCUACCCUGACGCCAGGGGCAUUGGUCAUUAAUAAACAGCCUACAGGCGCCGGAAAUGAGCCCGCCACUAGUACGCCAGCCCCAGGACCUCCAACUGCGGAGAGCUCGCAACACACCACUCCAGUAGACUCUCAGGAGAAAGAAAUGGAGCUGCCAAAGAGCCAGAGUCAGAGCCAGAGUCCUCCCCUCUCGAACACUUUCCAGCCCGACGCAUCAUCUUUGUCGCAUCAGAAAGCCCCUGAAUUCCGUGAAAUAACCAGUAUUCCCCAACCUGUCCAGAGAAUAGCCGCUUUCAACAAUGCCAGAGAUGUCUAUGCAAACACAGACUCUGGCCUUGACGGAUGGAUCAAAAACGUAGCGGAAACGGGCCAUCCCGAUAACGCGGAAACGAUCCAGCGAAACGGCAUAGCCCCAACUGACCCCAACGCCGCUCACCGGCCCAUCCCAUCCCAAGCAAAAUUCCCCAAGCUGCCCUCGCUCGGCAAUAUAUCCCUACCUUCCAGACACCAUGACGGCUCCGGCCCCAGCCAUGGCCACACCCGCCAGAGCUCAGGUGUCCAAGCAAAGGGCAAAGACCUCCUUCACUCCGCCGGCGUCCUGGGCGGUAAAGCCGGAGAUGCAGCCAAAGGCCUUUUCGCAAAGGGGAGAAGUAAAUUCCGACAUAGCGGAAGCGCCGACAAGGGUCAAAUUGUUUCUCCUCCUGCUUCUCCUCCGCUCUCACAUAAUGCUGUGCAGUCGGGGUUUGAAAGUUCUCGACCUAGUAUUGGUAGUCAAUAUCAGAAUCAGCAUCAGCAACAAUCACAACAAUAUCCACAUCAACAUCAUCAUCACCACCACCACCACCAGCAACAACAACAACAACAACAACCAUCAUUGACAAUCCCAGAGACUAUACCUCGUGUGAAGUCCCUGAAGUUCGAUAGCCAGCCGUUUUCGGUCUCCUUCAUGGGUGAGGUGGCUCAUAUUAUGUCUAACUCCAACAGUGACGAAAAGAGACCACGAGAUUCUAAACGAUAUAGUGGCCGUGGUCUGGCAUUGAUAACAGAGGAGCGCUCCGCUGCUCACGCUCCCGGAUCUUCGAAACCCCCUGUGCAAAAUGAUAUACCCAACAACCAGAAUACGCCGGUACUUGAUGAGCCAAUGCAAAGCCCGGGUAUACCAGAGAUCAAUCUUCCCACAUCCACCGCAGAAAUUGAAACAGUUUCCGCCGCAUUUAGUGACCGAGGCGGCAGGGAGUCGGCCGCUGUCUCAGUACUCGCCGACGAAAAGGAUAUUGAAAAGGGCCGGCUAUCGUUUGCCAUAUCCGAAGUGGACAUCAAGCCAACUCCAGAGUCCUCUGUCAUCUCAUCGACAGAUACGCUCGAUGACUCCAAGCAGAUUGAAGCAGGGGUAAUCAUCAGUAAUCGUAGUCAAGAGCAACCCCCGCCGGCAGAUGCUACUGACAAGAAACCGCAGUUGGCCGCUCGCAAGUUCUCGUUUGAACUAGAACCGGAAAUCAGCCCGCCAAUAGGCAGCCCGUCAUCAGUAGGCCACCAACGGGGCACCUCCAUUCAAGAAACCACAAACUGGCAGUCUGCAUCCGAGUACAGGUUCCCUCCCCCCGAAGCCGGUUCCCCCCCUAGUGUGGCAGGUGUAUCAAAUGACUUGGCCGGCCACCCAACUCAUCCAGCUCAUGCACGAACCUGGACGCAAACGGAUCCGCGCAGCGUGUCUCCAUUACCAGUUACCCAUAGACACACAAACACAAACGGCUCCGGAGUAUCCUUCCAGGCUCCGGGAGUGCCUGCGUAUCAUUCAACCGGCGAGCAAGCUAACGACAGGCCUGCCAACUACUACUACUCCCAAGCGGGUGCAGGGUGCCCUGAUCCCGGUGUCUAUCAUCCUCCAGAUGAGCAGAAAAAGCGCCGUGCCAGCCUUGGAUUCACUGGCAUCAUGUCGAAAGUUAACAUGGUGCGCAACAAGGGAGAAACAGCCGACCGGCCUUCAUCCCCUGCUCCUAAGAAGAAAGGCGGCAAGUUAUUCAAAACGCUGAAAUUCGACCUGCUUCACGGUAAAAACAAGAAUAACAACCGUCAUACGAGCGAGGAUGCCGCCGUAACUUCGAAUGAGGCUCCUGCCGCACCCCAUGCUAGACAGUAUCAGUCUGUGGGAAGCCGUGAUGCCCUACAACGAAACACCCCGAGCGCUCUUUCGAAUCACAAUACAGUAAACAGUUCUAUGCAUCAUUUAAACUCGGGAGUAUACGAUGAACCAUCUCCCCCCAUGAGCAAUCGGCCCUUCUCGCCUGAAACAGUACUCUCGCCAGUCAGAGCUUUCUCACCCGAUGGAGCAUUUUCUCCCAAAAGAGCACAGUCUCCAGCUCCAAGUGCAAAGGGAAACCGUCGCUUUUCCAAUCAUUCAAUAGCAGAAGACGCCUUAGGCCAGGCUGCAGGACAUCGGCCAGGGCGGUUCUACAAGUCAAAGAACUCCUUCAGCUCACGGCCGCCUGAGCCAUCGAACACACCUCCGAUGAGUAGACAGCCUUCCCCGUCAAAGGAAUUCUCAGAUGGCCCUGGGGCCAGAGUGCCGGGAACAUAUCCUAGCCCAUCAGCCAACGGGACAAUACCUUCAGGGUCCAGCUUUGUUUCCAACAAUCACUUCAUCAUAACUCCACCCCUAUCUCAAGCCAUGUAUUCUCCCACGGCCUCUGAGCAAACAUCCAAAUCACCAGCGCACUCUCCUCACACCAAGGACCUACACUUUCGCUCCCGCAGUCCUCUCUCUAGGCCUCCGGAUAUCGCCGAUAGCCCUUCACUCGCUUCUGAUACCCAGGACCCUGCACAGAAACUGGGAACGUUCCAUGCGUCUGUUCCACAUACUCCGCGUGUAGGCGACCAGGAGACUCCAUGGACCAUCACAUUACCCCAGGACGAACAGCAUCAGAAUCCCCAGCUACAAUCCGGUACGUCUCAACGUCCCAUAUCUAGGGCAGCCUCUCCAGGGCUACGUCACGUCAGCUGUCCGCAGCCAACGUCACCACCCAAGGGGUUUCUUAACGGCUCAUACUCAUACUUCGAAACACUCCCAACGCCAGGAAGUAAUUCGGCUUCGGCUACUGGCCCGUCUGGUGGUGUGUCAAACACCAGCCGCCCUCCUGAGCAAACCCGGCUUGUUCAUGUAGCUUCAAUGGAGCCAGUCGAGCUCCCGACAAACGACGACUCAAGCGAGGAGAUAGUGAUGUCCAGCACCUCCUAUCCCGGCCAGGAAUGGCAACCUGCCUACCUUGGCCAGUGGGAUUAA